AAAAGGGAUACGUGAAUUUAUAAAAUGGUAACUCGUGCGUGUUUGAAGGUUUGUCGCAUUAAAAUUUCAUCAAUUAAUUUCAAAUUAUUUACAUCCUACAUCGAAAAAAUUCAUCAGCAGCUUGACUAUUUUCUGGAUCAAAUUAAUUUAAAAUUCUGUACCAGCGACAUGUUAUCUGCGUGUACAUGAUAACUUACAGCAAUUUCGAAUGUUUUCAGCGUAAAUUUUGCCUCUAAUAUAUUUUCAAAUUAAAUUUUACUAUUUUUCAGAUAUUUCAAUAUCAAUUACCUACCUAAAUGUAAAGUAGCUAUUUCGUAAUCAAUCGUUCAACCGUCGAACAGUAGUUGUGCUUAAGAAGUUGCCUAAUUGCUGCCUUCGUAGGCGAAACGCUCAUUUACUUUGAGUGACAUUCUUUCAGCGUGCUUUUAUGAAAAGUUUUCUGUUGAGAUAUCAUCAAGUUGUCACCAUUUGAAAACAAAAAAAUGAUUCGGACGCGCUGUUUUUUUUUCAACAGUCUAGAACUUAUGACGUGAGUAGGUUAGCUAUAUGAACAAAAAGAAGAAUUUCAAACGAGGAAAUCGAGGAUGUUGAUUUUUAAUGUAAUAAUGAUAAUAUUUUUUCUAUCCAUCGGCAUCAGUUACAGCAAACGAUUCCGAAAGUAUGAAAAAUACAUCUUCGUCUCAUUGAUCGUACACGAUGUCACUCUUACUAGCGGCUUAGUUUUUGCAUUUUUUCAAACCACUGCAAGGUUACAGAAGAUUGAAGUAGCCUCUUGCACUAUUUCAAUGAUAAUGGUGACAUGGUUUCGAUCGGCGUUGCACAUUCAACGGAAAUAUUUGCACAAAAACAUCGAUGCACUAAACCAAGAUUCAUUUUUGAAAUACGAAACACAUAAAAAAGUACGGGAAAGAUUCUUCACUAUAAUAUUUUUCAUUGUGUUGUCAUCUGUUACGAUAUUUUCGAGUCCUGUACUACGAUUCAUUGCCGACCCAACUAUUGAUUAUAAUGAUUCUUCGAUCUAUAUGGUACCCUUUUUGUUCAAAUUUCGAGAUGUGCAUUCGUUAAUAGAAUACGUCUCAUUGGUAACAAUUCAAGGAUCUAUGAUUGUUUUUAAUGGGAAUGGAUUGUACAGUUAUGUGAUAUUCACUUGUUACAUGUUAUGCAACCUGGAAACUCAUAUUGAACAUAUUAAUGCAAGAUUGAUCGAUAUGUUGAUAAAAAAUGACACUAGCUCGAAGAACUUUCACAAAAGUAAUCAAACUCAAACGGAAAGAAGAAGAAAUGAAGAUAAGUUGUCAAAUUUUGAUGAUCAUCAAGUGGUUCGUUAUAAAAACAUGAAAGCAGGAUUUGAAGAAUUGAUUCGUUAUCAACAAUUUUACCAUGAACACUUGAAGAAUUUUAUGAAUUAUUUAUAUUGGACGUAUGUAGGAACAUUGGUUUGGAUUUUAUUGACAUUAAUUCUAACAAUGUUUGCAAUAUCACAGAUCCCUAAAGAUAUAUUUGUUUUAAUGAAGAAAAUUUCAAUUUCUGUGAAUUUUGUAUUAGUGUUUUAUCUGCAAUGUUACAUCGGAGAAUCGGUCAGCCGUUUGGCUGAUUCACUUCUUACAUCACUUUAUUACACACCUUGGUACAUUUUGCCUCCAGAUAUUCGUAAAAAUAUGAUGAUUGUGAUGAUUCAAUCACAAAAGCAAUUCGAUUUUAAAAUAUUUGGAAUGUAUACGAUUAAUUUAAGUCUUUUUACCAAAGUAGUGAAAAUCAUCUACACAAUUAGCAACUUACUGAUUGCUUCACAAAAUAAAUAAAGAACAUCGUUAUUAAAA